AUUUUCCAUCUCUAGUGAGAACCACAAAUUUGUCAUCAACAAUUCAGAUCGUUUGGCCAAAAAAAGUACUUACGAUUUAAUACAUCACAAUGAAUGUCUCUGUUUUCGGUGAAUUAAACACGUUCGAGCUGUUUGUCCUUUGCACAGUAAUACCGGCAGUCUUUGUUUACCUGUGGUCCCUGAUUUCCGGCGACAUGAAGAACUUCAAGGGCAGCAAAUUGGCCUACUCGGUUUUCACAGCAAAGGAUCCUAUUAAUUGCUAUCAGGACUAUGUUCCCGAAAAACAAAAGGAUUCCUAGGAUAAAUGUAUAAAACUUGUAUAUAGCAGGAAAUCUGGGUGACGAGAGCAUCUGGAUUUAGAAGAAUAAAUGGCUCCCAUCCGUUCUCUGCAAGGAAGAACGUUAUUUCGAAA